CAGCAUCCUGGUGACUGCCCCCACAAGAGCCCAGCGGCCAGCCACAUGGGCUGAGGUCCUCUGAAGGAGUCAGCACAGCUCAAGCCAACGGCUCAGCCAACAGCUGCAGCAAGCAGACCCCAGGCUCUGCUCUCAAGUCAUGCAACGUCACUUUUCGGACCUCAGGGGAGAUCAGUCACCGACGGAUGGAGCCACGCUCAGCCUGCCCACGCCUGAGUCCACGGAGGAGAGUGGGGAAGUGUGUUGGUCAGGUGGGGCCAACGAAACAGAGGGUUUAGGACAGCCAGAGAUCCUGAAGAAGGACAAACGCUCCCCGCGGCUGGCGCCUGUCAUCCCCCUCAAUGAGGACACCUGCUUCUUGGCCAGGCCCCGCAGGCUGCUGGGCUGGAGCAGCUCUCCGUCGUCCUCACAGUCCUCCUCGGAGUACCACUCCUACUCGCAGUACCAGUCCUGUUGUUCCUGCCUGUGUGGAGAUGAGGACGCCCCGCCCCAGAGCGUGUGCGCCCUCUACACGCACGUGCAGACCGUGCGAGGAGUGGCCGUGGCCUGGGAGACAGAGGAAGGCUUCCAGCCGGUCAACAGGAAGCCCCGCAUCCACGAGGCCGAGUUCAUCAAGAGGCAGAGGAGGAAAGGGUCGUCCUUCGAGAUGGCGUCCAACACGGACCUGCACUGGGACCUGGAGGCCUGCCAGGACAGCCGCGGCCCGGAUCCGGCCGAUGGCGACGAAGACGACGAGGAGCAGCUGCAGUCGCUGGAGUGCUGCCUGCAGGAGCUGCGGCCCCCCGACUGGCUGGUCACCACCAACUAUGGCCUGCGCUGCGUGGCCUGCUGCCGCGUCUUCCCCUCGCUGGAGGAGCUGCUGGCGCACGCUCAGUUCGGCAUCCGCGAGGGCUUCAGCUGCCAGAUCUUCUAUGAGGAAAUGCUGGAGAGGAGGCGGGCCCGGGACCAAGCCCAAGAUCAGCAGCUGGACGAGGAGGAAGAGGAGGAGGAGGAACAGAAUCCUUCUGACAAGAGUGAGUCGUCCCGCCCCCAGGGCCGGGAGCCGCAGCAGUAGCAGCAGCCAGCAGAGCCCAGCCUUGCCCUCACCUCCACAACCUGGGACCGCUCUUUCCUUCCCCAACCAGCAGGAUCAGCGCCUCGGGGUGGGCAGUCAGCAGGCAACACGGGAGAAGAAUGUGAGUGGAGACUGGAGGAGCAAGAUGGGAGGUCAGGCACCCUUCUCAAGGUCACAGCGCUUGGCCCACAGUCCACCUCAAAGUCUGAAUGCGAAGGAGAGGGCUUCAGGUGUUUCCCGGGGUGGGUGCAAGAUCUGAGACCCUCUCCCCAAGCCGAGCACGUGACCACAGGGAUUUCUAUUUUUUGCCGAUGGAUCAAGUAGGCCCACACUUGAACCAGGAAAGUUUCGGCCCUAUUUUUUUCACUAUUAGGAAUCCGUCAUAUGCCCCAAUUCUAUGUCUUGUAUUAUUGGGAUUAAACCUGAAUAACUCA